ACUUUCUUUGCUGUACCUGCGUUGUUAUUGUUGUUGUUUUUUUAAGUAACCGUCAGACAUACCUCAGCAGACGUGCAACCCAGUGGCUUAACUUAGUGUCUUCUGAAUCCAUCAGAAGCAAGGCCAAGUGUUUGACGUGUCUCGAGUGAUAGCAAUAUGACAGCCAGUUAAGUGUGGGGCAUGCGUGUGUCGACAAACCGUGAUCACAGCUGGAUAAAGCAUCGGUGUAAGGAUUAUCUCAUGCCGAAAAGAAGAAGUGAAGUGUCUGAGGUAUUUCUGUUGUGACGUUGAAAGCCUGGGUGAGUAACGUGUUGAUCAUUGUCAUUGUCUCCGUGGUGACACAGUGAGACAUGAGCAGCGAAGAGCCCAAGUCCCCUAAAGCAUCAUCAGGAUCAAAGCCAUCUCCAGUCCCCGGCACCGACACCCAUGACUCCACACAAGACGGCCGACAAGACAGCUGGGAGGUUGUGGAGAGCCUCAGUGAGGGGGUGGGAAAGGCCCAGACACCAGAGAAGCAGGAGGGUGUCUUACUGAAGAGGAGGAAAUGGCCAAUGAAAGGCUGGCACAAGAGAUUCUUCUCACUGGAGAGAGGCAUCUUAACAUACGCCAAAACAGGACCGGAUCUGAAGAGAGGGAAGAUUCGAGGACGAAUCGAUGUGGGUCUGUCCGUCAUGUCCAUAAAGAAAAGAACCAUGUGUAUAGACCUGGACACAGGGGACAGCAUCUAUCACCUAAAGCUGAAGUCCCGGGACCAGUUCGAUGCCUGGGUAACGCAGCUGCGGCACCAUCGUGUGUUCCGUCAGAAUGAGAUUUCCAUGGAUCCCCACGAGGAGGAUGUGCACCCUGACCCCGCCUCCACUAAGAAGCGCUCCACUCAUUCUCGUCAGCCCUCUGCACAGCUGAGGUCAAACUGGCUGCAUCAUUCAGAGGAUAUGGAGAGAUGCUGUAAAGAUCUGUCGGAUUCAGAGUCCUCCCUGUUAGAGUUAAAUCUGUUACUGAAGAACAUGGAGCAUUUACAUCGCACCUUCUCCGCUCCAGCUAUCAACACCCUGCAGGCUGAAGGCUCCAGGAAGGACAAGAAAGGGCAUAAAAGAUGGCGCUCUAAGAACAAUGGCAAAGAUGGCAAAGACACCAAAAACACACUACAGGUGCCAGGCCUAGCGAUGUCUCGUAUGCAUGCGUCCAGCCCAAACCUCAUACCCCCAGAGCAGGGCGGUCUGGAGCCUUACCUGGAGUGUCCAGACUCACCCACCGAUGCUGCCCGACUCCAGGAACAGUUCUGCAAUCUGGCCAGUACCGUUCAUACAAGUCUGCAGUCAGCCUACCGGGCUCUGUCUGCUGAGAGAGACAGAGUCAAACACACACUGGAACUUCAGGGCUCCCAUAUAUCGGAUGUUGCAGACGGACGGCACCCCCUGCUGCAGCAGAUGUCUAAUGACAGUCGAAUGUCCAUCCCUGAGUCUGUGGUGGAGUUCUUCGACGCUAAAGAGUACCUCCUCUCAUCCAGCUCCUCAGAGUAUGAGGGAUCAGAUGAUGAUUCAUACCUGAGUGAUGCCAGUGACAGUGUGUCUGUGGAGUUCUGCAGAAGUGAUUCAGGAACUAACACAAAUAUUGCAAGCAGUCCAGUGGCUGAUGUCAUACAGAGGAGAAAGGUGCUGCCCAGUGAGAGUGUUGGUGGUGGAGUGAAUCUGUGGAGUAUUCUGAGAAAUAACAUUGGUAAAGACCUGUCCAAAGUCACCAUGCCCAUCCAGCUUAAUGAACCACUCAACACACUGCAGAGGCUGUGUGAAGAGAUCGAAUACUGCCACCUACUGGACACCGCAGCCCAAACAGAGGACCCCUGCCUUCGCAUGGUUUAUGUUGCAGCAUUUGCUAUAUCAGCGUAUGCCAGUACUUUCACCAGAGCAGGGGGAAAACCAUUUAACCCAAUCCUGGGAGAAACAUAUGAAUGUGAACGCACAGACAAAGGAUUCCGCUUCAUAUCAGAACAGGUUAGCCAUCACCCACCAGUGUCUGCCUGUCACUGUGAAUCUGACAGCUUCACUCUCUGGCAAGAUGUGCGCUGGAAGAAUAAAUUCUGGGGGAAGUCCAUGGAGAUUGUUCCCAUGGGAACAAUCCAUGUCAUGUUGCCAGAGUUUGGAGAUCAUUAUCAGUGGAAUAAAGUCACCACCUGUAUCCAUAAUGUUCUCAGCGGGGAGCGUUGGAUAGAGCACUAUGGCGAGAUGUCAAUCAAAAACACUGUUGCCACGGGCAACAGCUGCCAGUGCAGAGUCACCUUUCUGAAGACUAGAUCUGGGGGGUUGAAUAUUAAUGAGGUGGAGGGCGUGGUCACUGACUCAGAUGGCCAUGUUGUCCACUCUCUGUUUGGCAAAUGGCAUGAGGCCUUGUACCUGGGAGACCCACCUUCUGCAACCUGCAUCUGGAGAGCAAACCCCAUGCCAGACAACUAUGAGAAGUUCUAUGGAUUCACUCAGUUUGCUGUGGAGCUGAAUGAGCUUGAGGAGAGUUUGAAAGCAUCACUGCCCCCUACAGACACACGCUUCAGACCAGACCAGAGGUUGCUUGAGGAGGGAGAUAUGCAGGGAGCAGAGGAGCAGAAACAGAGGAUAGAGGGACUUCAGCGAGAGAGGAGACGCAUUGUGCAGGAGAACAACCUGACACACACCCCUCGCUUCUUCAAGCAGUCUGCAGAUGACUCAUGGGUCAGUAACGGCACGUACUGGAACCUGAGGAAAGACCCUGGGUUUGACAACCUGGAUUUUCCUGUGCUCUGGUGAUGACAUAGGAACAUUCUACUCUACUAUGGCUCAGACUUUUUCCUGCUUCUGGACUGUCAUCUUUGGGCGGAGCUAUGCAAAUACACAACUCCCUGCUCCCUGUCUGAUCACAAUGGACAGCUGUACUGAUGUAGAUGUGGGUGGAGCUAGGCAAAUGUAUAACAGUCUGCUCCCUGCCUGGUCGUAAUAGACAGCUUAUGUGCCUGUAGGCGGAGCUAUGUAAAUAUAUAAUUGUCUGCUCCUGUCUGGUCAUAAUGGACAGCUGUACUGAUGACAGAAUGUGCCUUAAUGAAUAUGACCUCCAGCAAACCUGCAUAUUAUUCUGCAUGUUAUAAACACUCACUCACACA